GUGAAACCUAAAGAGGCCUUUAUGAGGAAGUACUGCAACCCCAAGAAAAUCCAGGGUCUGGAGCUGCAGCAAAUCAGGACCUACGGACGACAGAUUCUAGAGGUUCUGAAGUUCUUCCAUGACAAAGGCUUUCCGUACGGUCACCUCCAUGCCUCUAACAUAGUGAUAGAAGAUAACACAUGUAAAGUACUGGACAUAGAGAACAGCCUGCUGGGCCUGCCCUCGUACUACCGGCCCUACAUCACACAGUUCAGGAAAAUCAACACGACAGAGAGUAUAGAUGUAUACUCGUUUGGACACUUACUGUAUGAAAUGACGUACGGAAGACCUCCUGAUGCUGUGCCUGUCGACCAGUACCCUGCUGUACCCAACACCACAGUGGUGUCUGUGCUGCAAUCCAUCCUGUCCACAGAUGCCUGUAAGACCGGGAUGCCCACUGUUGCACAACUGCUGCAGACACCGCUGUUCAGCGACGUGCUGCUGUUUCACUCAGAGAAACUCCAGUUCAAGAUCCCUACCAAAUUAAGAGACGCCUUGAAAACUGCCAAAGAGUGCAUGGAAAAGCGACUCCAAGAAGAGCAGAAAACGAACCAGCAGCACAGGAGGCUGACCAGAGCUCAGUCCCACCACGACUCAGAGGAGGAGAAGAGGAGGAGGAAGAUACUGGCUAGAAAGAAGUCCAGACAGUCGGCCUAUGAGAACGAGGAGGAUCUCUCUGUGAAAUACAACAACAACUCUGGUUCAGGAGCCAGCUCCCCACCAACCUCUCCCUCCUCCCCCACCCCUCCUCACACUACAGAAUGAACGAUAUGCAUCUUCUAGCGAUUUGAUAGGACAAGGCGCCUGCCAGUCACAAAGCCAUGACAGGGAAACGCAGCAGAGAGGAAGUGGCAAAGUGAGAGGUUUCACUCUCACCAAAUUCUGUCCGAUGCAUUUCUAGGAGCUUAUUGUAGGUUAUUUACUGUGUUUUAAUUGACAACUGAACAGCAGGUGUUGACUAGUUUUUAUAAAAGGUGUUGAAUUAACUGAAUAACGUCGAUCUACGAUAAAUCCGUUUGCCAUUCAUAAAUCAUUCCGAUGUGAAUCAUCAUCAUGAAGUAUUUAUACUCUUUGACAUUCUCCAUAAUUUGUUUUGUUGUUACAAAGUGGGAUUAAAAUGGUUGACAAAAAUUACAAUUAAACCAUCUACACAAAAUAAUGAUAACAUUUGUAAAAAAAUAAUAAUAAUACACAAAAUAAAACACUAAUCUUGAUUAGAUGAUAAGUAUUGAACCUCUGAAGUCGAUACAUGUUAGAAUCACCUUUGGCAGCCGUGACAGCUGUGAGUCUUUCUGGGUCAGUCUCUAAGAGCUGUGAGUCUUUCUGGGUCAG